AUGAUCCGUCGUAUAAUUAUAAUUACCGGUCUUUUCAUAGAUUUCUCAAAAGCUUUCGAUUGUGUCAAUCAUGACGAUCUAGUGAAAAAACUCAACUUUUAUGGAAUUUGGGAUAAACAAUUGAAUUUUAUGAGGAGCUAUUUAAGGGAUCGUCGACAGAGGGUUUCCUUGAAAAUCAAAGGUGUUGAAUAUCUAUCGUUAGAUGCAGAAGUGAAUGUAGGUAUUUUCGGUCCUUUCUUAUUCUUAAUUUAUAUCAACGACCUACCAGACAUGGUCAUUUCUGCAUCCAAAACAAAAAGCUUGACAACAUCUAAAAUACCAAUCAGAUGCAAACUUGCUGUCGAUGAUAAAAUUAUUCAACAGGAAAUGAAGUUUAAAUACCUAGGUAUUGAACUCUCUGGAUAUGGGGACAUUGAGUUGGAAGUCAGACAACAAACAAACAAAGCACUGAGGGUUGCUGGUUGUUUGAAUGACACGAUAUGGAAAAACAAAUACCUACACACUGAGACUAAGGCACGAAUAUAUAAAUCUGUCAUAAGACCUAUAAUGACAUACACAGCGGAAACAAGACCGGAUACAGCAAAAACAAAAAGGAUCUUGGAGGUCGGCGAAAUGAAGAUCUUGCGGAAAAUCGCUGGAAAGACUUUAUUCGACAGAGAACGAAGUGACAACGUGAGGCGGACAUGUGGAGUGGACAAUAUCAGCAAUUGGGUGCUAGCCCGAAAGAUGGAAUGGAACGACCACAUAAGCCGAAUGGACCAACGAAGAAUAGUACGGAUAGCACGUGAUGAAUCCCCCAUUGGAAGAAGAAGUUUGGGAAGACCACGAAAGCGAUGGAGCGAUAAUCUCACCGUCCAUUGA